AUGAAGAAAAACAAAGAAAAUAAAACACCCGACUCGAGUAAGGGUAAAAAAGCAAAAUCCAAAAAGAAACCAGAACCAGCUCCGAGACCAAGCAUUCUCGACGUGAUGAGGAAGACGAGUGACUGCGACUGCGAGGUCGUUGCAAGGGCUGUGCGGUCACACGUUCAUAUGAACCUUAGCUUGGCAGAUAAGAGAGUCGAAUUAGGCAAAGACAAACCAGAAGAGACUUAA